CUUUUGAUACACAAACAUUAUUUCUUGCGCGAAAAAUUAUUCUAGCAUCGUCGCGAAGACACAAAAUAUAGUUUACCAGAUCAUGUGAAUCAGUUUUCCGAAGGCAACUGAAAAUGCCAUAAACAGUAGGUACUCCACAUGUCUAAGAUCAGAUAUAUAUGACAUUCUGUGUCCCCAUCGAACAAACACACACCGCUUACCAUCACCAAGAUGUACCACUUCUUGCCGCUCAUGAUCAUGUACCAGUAAUUAGCAGCAACCGCUUUCUAUCCCCCCUCAAACUGCAAAACAUGAACUUAGUUCACUCUCCUUCACACUCACUACAACUCCCCAAAUUCAUUUCCCAUUUCCAAAAUACCCCAAAAUUCUAUCCUCCAAAAAGAGUUACCACUUCCAAUUUAGAAACAAUUGGCAGUAACAUUUUUAGUAAUUCAACAGCAUCGAUUCCCAUUAAAGCAGCAAGUGAAGGAGUGGAUACAGCUGUAGUAGUGGUGGAGGAGGAGGAGCCUCAAUUGAAAAAAAUUCAGGUGUUUGAAGGCCAUCCUGCACCAUUUGGUGCAACAGUUCGUGAUGGUGGUGUCAAUUUUGCUAUAUUUUCUGCCAACGCAGUUUCUGCUACUCUUUGCUUGAUUUCACUCUCUGAUUUGCCUGAGAAUAGAGUGACUGAGCAGAUUUUUCUUGAUCCUUUGACCAACAAGACUGGAGAUGUUUGGCAUGUGCUUUUGAAAGGAGACUUUAAAGAUAUGCUAUAUGGGUACAAGUUUGAUGGGAACUUUUCUCCUGAAGUGGGACUUUACUAUGAUCCUUCUAAGAUCGUAUUGGACCCUUAUGCAAAAUCAGUUAUUAGCAGAGGGGAGUUUGGUGUUUUGGGGCAUGAUGAUAAUCGAUGGCCUCAAAUGGCCUGCAUGAUACCUACUGCAGAAAACAAGUUUGAUUGGGAGGGAGAUUCACCAUUAAAGUAUCCACAAAGAGAUCUAAUAAUAUAUGAAAUGCAUGUUCGAGGGUUUACACAGCAUGAAUCAAGCAGGACCGAAUUCCCUGGUACAUACCUUGGUGUAGUGGAGAAGCUUGAUCAUUUGAAGGAACUUGGUGUCAACUGCAUAGAGUUAAUGCCAUGCCAUGAAUUCAAUGAGCUUGAGUACUACAGUUACAAUUCUGUCUUGGGUGACUACAAGGUUAAUUUUUGGGGAUAUUCUACCAUCAAUUACUUUUCGCCUAUGACAAGAUACUCAUCUGCUGGCACAAGGAACUGUGGCCAAGAUGCAAUUAAUGAAUUCAAGCUUCUUGUUAGAGAAGCACAUAAACGAGGAAUUGAGGUGUUCAUGGACGUUGUUUUCAAUCACACAGCAGAAGGAAAUGAGAAAGGUCCCAUUCUGUCUUUCAGAGGAGUUGAUAACAGUAUCUAUUACAUGCUUGCUCCUAAGGGAGAGUUCUAUAAUUAUUCAGGUUGUGGCAACACAUUCAAUUGCAACCAUCCUAUUGUGCGUCAAUUUAUAUUGGACUGCUUAAGAUAUUGGGUGACAGAGAUGCAUGUAGAUGGCUUCCGCUUUGACCUUGCUUCUAUUAUGACUAGAAGUAGCAGUCUCUGGGAUGCAGUUAAUGUAUUCGGGAGUCCCAUAGAAGGUGACUUGCUGACAACUGGCACUCCUCUCAGCAGCCCUCCAUUGAUUGACAUGAUGAGUAAUGAUCCCAUACUCCGUGAUGUUAAGCUUAUAGCUGAAGCAUGGGAUGCGGGAGGAUUGUAUCAAGUUGGGAUGUUUCCCCAUUGGUGUAUUUGGUCAGAAUGGAAUGGGAAGUAUCGAGACAUUGUGCGGCAGUUCAUUAAGGGAACAGAUGGUUUUUCUGGGGCUUUUGCUGAAUGCCUCUGUGGGAGCCCGAAUUUAUACCAGGAAGGAGGAAGGAAACCAUGGAACAGCAUCAACUUUGUAUGUGCACAUGAUGGUUUUACUUUGGCUGAUUUAGUGACAUAUAACGAGAAGCAUAACUUGGCAAAUGGUGAAGACAACAAUGAUGGAGAAAAUCAUAACAAUAGCUGGAAUUGUGGGCAGGAGGGUGAAUUUGCCAGCAUUUCAGUGAAGAAAUUGCGAAAACGACAAAUGAGAAAUUUCUUCCUGUGUCUCAUGGUUUCACAAGGUGUUCCAAUGAUAUACAUGGGUGAUGAAUAUGGUCACACAAAAGGGGGAAACAACAACACGUAUUGCCAUGAUAACUAUGUAACUUUCUACACCCAACCACUACUUAGAUGCUCAUAUCCCCUAUCAAAGCUUACUGUUGAUUAUGUUCACUAUUUGUCCACUACUAUGCAGAUUAACUACUUCCGCUGGGAUAAGAAGGAAGAAUCCUCAUCAGACUUCUUUAGAUUUUGCCGCCUCGUGACCAAGUUCCGCCAUGAAUGUGAGUCCCUUGGCUUGAAUGACUUCCCAACAGCAGAGAGGCUGCAAUGGCAUGGUCAUGCUCCUGGUACACCAGAUUGGUCAGAAACAAGCCGUUUUGUGGCCUUUACACUGAUUGACUCGGUGAAGGGCGAGAUCUACAUUGCCUUCAAUGCUAGCCAUUUGGCGGUUACCAUUACACUGCCAGAACGGCCAGGAUACAGAUGGGAGCCCCUGGUAGAUUCUGGCAAGCCUGCACCGUUUGAUUUCCUUUCUAGUGACGUCCCAGAAAGAGACCUCGCAGUUAAACAGUAUUCUCACUUCCUUGAGGCCAAUCUAUACCCUAUGCUUAGUUAUACUUCCAUCAUCCUCGUACUCUCUCCCAACGGCAAUGCUUAACUGUCUCAACCUGGAACCAACAAUGUGUAUAAUUCAUAUUGUAUGGAAGCGGGAAAAGAACCGUUGAAAGUUGAAGAAAAGAAGCUUACAAGGAUUUCAGAUAUAGUUGGGGCAAUAAAUGUUUCCCCUAGAUGCUGGAAGCAUAAUGUAUAGAUAUGGUUUAGAGGUGGGAGUAUGAAAGUUGUGUAUAAUUUUCAUCGUAAUAAGCGUGUGAUUUCUUCACAGCAGAUCAUGUUGACGGGAAUCAUUCUGGAGGUUGCCACCAACCUGUAUGAGUUUAAUCAUUUAUGCUUUAAGUUGUUUGUUUAGCGCUUGAAUUUA